AUGCGGGGAGUUCAGAUUUUUUCCGGAACUUCCCACCCCCUCCUUACGGAGACCGUCUGCGAGAGGUUAGGUACCUCGCCUGCCAGAGUCGACCUUGGGAAGUUUAGCAAUGGCGAGACCAAUGUGAAUGUCGGUGUCUCGGUACGCAAUCAGGAUGUCUACAUCAUCCAGAGCGGCAGCAAGAAGAUCAAUGACAGCGUCAUGGAGCUGCUGAUUAUGAUCUCUGCCUGCAAGGGGGGCUCCGCAAAGUCUAUCACAGCGGUUAUGCCGUAUGGAUCCUAG